AUGAAUAUAGCACGUUUUCUAAUGAUAAAUGUAAUUGAUCAAUUAUUUGAGCAUUAUAAUCAAAAUCAUAGUAAAAUUUUAAUAAUUGGUGAUCUGAAAUUAAAUAUCAAAAAAUUUCAAUCAUCAUCAAGAAAAAGUCAACGAUCAACAACAAGAACUAGAAAUAUUAGUACAAAUGAACAACAUCUUUCAAUCAAGAAUGAUAAAGAUUCAUCAAUAAUAUCAAACACAAACAAAGAUACAAAAGUUAAUUUUGAACGAUUACUUUCAACAACAUUAUUUUCUAUAAAAUCAGUAGUAAGUCUUAUUUCUACACGAGAUUUAUUAAAAAAUUUGGAAGAAACACUUAAUUAUUUUAAAUCAACGUUCAAUGUACAAAAGAGGAUGUCGUAUUGGAAUAUAGUGCAAUGCGAGAUUUUUAUUGAACUCGAUUUACUUGUUCAAUUACUUUUAAUUCGUCAUUUUCUUACUCAUAUAAUCUAUCAACUGGAAAUGAUUGAAGAAACUAUACCAGAUUAUGAUAUAUCAUCACAUUUUAUUUAUAGUAUUGCUAAGUUUCUUGUUAUGUUAUCACAUGAUACACUUCAUUCAAAACAAGUUAUUUAA